UUGCCUCCCUUGUUUGUGUGUUGUUUCUUUCUUACUAUCUCUCCUUCUCUCUCUUAUCUUCUGAGUGUAAGAGAGAGAAAAUCAUCCUGAAAGAACCUCCAUAACCUGCUUUCUCUGGUGACCCUCUUCUUCCUUGUUCCUAAGGCCUGAGAGGGUCCACCAAGGCUUCAACCAUGGGGCCAUUUGGAGGAAUAUCCGAAGAUGUCAAAGGAAGAAUUAAAUGUUAUACACAAGAUUGGUCUUCUGCAAUCACUUGUGGCAUCAGGAUAUUGGCCCCAACUUUCUACAUAUUCUUCGCUUCUGCUCUUCCUGUUAUUGCUUUUGGAGAGCAACUUAACAGGGACACAGAUGGAAGCUUGAGCACAGUGGAAACAUUGGCAUCAACUGCUAUUUGUGGAAUUAUCCACUCAAUAUUUGGUGGCCAGCCUUUGUUGAUUUUGGGAGUUGCUGAACCAACUGUUAUAAUGUACACUAUUUUAUAUGAGUUCUGCAAAAGUAGGCCAGAACUAGGUGCCAAGCUUUUUCUGCCUUGGGCUGCUUGGGUUUGUGUCUGGACAGCAUUCAUGCUUAUUUUGCUUGCAAUUUUCAACGCCUGCAAUGUUAUCUCGAGGUUCACAAGAAUUGCAGAGGAGUUAUUUGGCAUGUUAAUUACUGUCCUUUUCUUUCAAGAGGCUAUAAAGGGACUUAUAGGCGAGUUUGGAACACCUAAGACUGAAAAUCCUUCGUCAGAGGAAUAUCAAUUCCAUUGGCGAUAUACAAAUGGACUACUUGCAAUCAUUUUCUCUUUUGGAAUAAUUUUCACUUCCAUAAUGAGUAGAAGAGCAAGAACAUGGAAAUAUGGAGCAGGGUGGCUACGAGGUUUGAUUGCUGAUUAUGGAGUUCCAAUGAUGUUAGUGAUUUGGACUGCACUAUCUUAUACCCUACCAGGCAAAGUUCCAUCAGCUGUUCCUAGAAGGUUGAUUUGUCCUCUUCCAUGGGAAUCUGCCUCUCUCUACCACUGGACAGUAGUAAAGGAUAUGAUGAAGGUGCCCAUGGCUUAUAUCUUGGCAGCAUUUAUUCCAGCAGUGAUGAUAGCAGGUUUAUACUUUUUUGAUCACAGUGUGGCUUCUAAGAUGGCUCAACAGAAGGAAUAUAACCUUCAAAAACCAUCUGCUUACCACUAUGACAUUUUGCUGCUGGGUAUAAUGACUCUGAUCUGUGGUCUUCUUGGCCUUCCUCCAUCAAAUGGUGUCCUUCCUCAGUCCCCUAUGCAUACAAAGAGUUUGGCAGUUCUUAGGAGGCAGUUGAUGCGAAAGAAGGUGGUAAAAAAAGCCAAGGAAUGCAUUAAGGAACAAGGAAGCAGCACUGAAUUAUAUGGAAAGAUGGAAGCUGUGUUCGUAGAAAUGGAUACUGCACCUACAGCUAAAGAGUUGGAGAAUUUGAAGGAUGCUGUAAUGAAGCCUAUUGAAAAGGAUGGUGCAAAGACAAACUUUGAUCCGGAAAAACACAUAGAUGCUUAUAUACCUGUCCGGGUUAAUGAGCAAAGAAUGAGUAACUUGUUACAGUCUCUCCUGAUUGGUCUAUCAAUUUUUGCCGUUUAUAUCAUCAAAAUGAUUCCUACUUCAGUUCUGUGGGGAUAUUUCGCAUACAUGGCAAUUGAUAGUCUCCCAGGGAAUCAAUUCUGGGAAAGGAUAUUGCUUCUUUUCAUCCCACCAAGCAGACGCUACAAAAUUUUGCAAGGUUCUCAUGCUUCAUUUGUGGAGUCAGUGCCAUUCAAGACGAUAGCUGCAUUCACAAUGUUCCAGUUUGUGUAUUUCUUAAUCUGCUAUGGAGUGACAUGGAUACCUAUAGGAGGAAUACUUUUCCCAUUACCUUUCUUCUUUCUCAUUACUGUAAGAGAGUAUUUUCUUCCAAAGCUAUUCAAGCCUGAUCAUCUUCAAGAGCUAGAUGCUGCUGAGUACGAGGAAAUUGUUGGUGCUCCACAUGUUAUGGCACUAGGGGACAAAGAUUCUGAAAGUGAAAAGAGCGUAGAUGAUUAUUAUGAUGCAGAGAUAUUGGAUGAGAUGACAACUCACAGGGGAGAAUUGAAGCUUAGAACUGUAAGCCGAAAUAAUAGUAGAAGCUUCAGUCACAGCUUCAGUGAAGACAGGCACCAUUAGGUUCCCCCUGAAGAAAAAUUAGGCUCACCCGAUUGGCCUUCUGUUUGCAUGUAGAAGUGGAUUUGAUAUAUGAAUAUGAUGUUGAAUGGAAUGCUCAAGAUUGUGAAGUCAUUUAAGGCUGAAGCCACUCUUGUGUGGAACAGGAAAGGACUCAAUUGGGGAAGGAAUCAUUUGAACUUUGAUUAAUUGGCCUCAAUAUUACUAGGAAAGUACAUUAACAUGUUGAGUUCAAGGACCAUUUUCCUUCUUUAGUUGUUGGCUACAAAUUACCGAAAAAAGAGUCAAAAGGGGUGGAGGAGAGAUUGAUAACAUGUGGUAAAGAAAAGGGGGAGAAGCAAGGAUAUGAGAAAAAUGAAAAUAUUAUACUUGUGUUCAAGUUGAAAUAUAGUUAAAAUCCGUAGUGCUCUCUCUCUCUCUUUUUCUGUCUCACUCUUUAACAAUUGUUCAUUGGACACCAAUAGGAGUUUGUAAAAACAUUUUGUGAGCCAGUAUUUAGAUAAAAUAGUAAAGUGGCCUGAGUUCUACGCUGCA